AUGGGUGCCGGUGCAGCUGGAUUACGGGGUUCUCGACUUUCGGCAGAAGAACGGGCAAACAGUUCGAAAUCACGGGCCAUUGAUCGAAUUUUGUCCAAAGAUCAUUCGAAUGAUAUGAAUCGGUUCAAGAUUUUGUUAUUAGGCACAAGUGAAUGUGGAAAAAGCACAAUUUUCAAACAGAUGAGGUUGGUAUAUAGGUAGACAUGAAGGAGAUUUCCAACCAAUGUGUAUUCCUUCUUCGGCAUUGUUGGGAUCAAAAAAAAUCUUCAGCAGUGUUCUGUUCCUAAUAGGUAGACGAGAGAACCUAGUUCUGAGCUCCGCAAAACCACUUCAGAAGGAAUAUCCUAUGAAAACUAGAAGUUUUCCAGUAGACUUUUCAAAAAAUGCAUUCUCUGGAAAUAUCUCAAUCAUUCCUGGUAUUUGUCUGUUUACAGAAAAUUUCAAUUUACUUUUCUUCUUUCCAGAUUUUAUUCAAAUGUUUGCCGAACAUGUUCGGUUUACUGUAACCUUAUAAUUCUCGAACCUAAUUUUCGUAAUUGUAUAAAACUAUUACCGAAAUAUGAUUUCUAACCGCAUGGAAAGUGAUAUCACCUUUUUUUGUUAAAGAAAGUAAAAAGUGUUGUCUCGAUGAUUAUCUUUUUUUCCCAAAAUAGUCCUCCUCACGUCAGAAUAUAAAUAUGACUAUAACUCUGUUCAUAAAAUACGGUAUAUAUCCGGUUGCCUAGAAACCCACAUUUUUCAAUUCAUCAAAAAUCAUCUUUCAGAGUUCUUCAUAUGGAUGGUUUCAGCAAGGAAGAUUCAUAUGAAUAUCUUUCAAUUAUCCAUGCAAAUUGUAUGGAAGCUUUGACACAAUUACUUGAAGCAUGUGACGCUUUUCAUAUUUAUCACGAUCUUUCAGUCAAGGUAUAUAAACCAAUAGAAGAAAUUGAAAUAAAUUACAAAAUUUUUAGGAAGACGUUGACCGUUUUCGAGAUUUCAAGCGUAAACUCAAAGAUCCGGAAGGUCUUGUAAUACCAGUUGUAAUUGGUCGAUGUAUGGAUCGAAUUUGGCAAAGUACAUCUGUUCAAAAUUGCUUUGAAACCAGAAGAUUCAGUUUUGCACUUCUUGACAGUGCGAAAUAGUGAGUACUCAUUUCAGAAAACUGUGGAUGAAUUAAUUGGGUUGUUUCAGUUUUUUGGACAACAUAGUUCGUUUGACCGAAGAUGUAUAUGUUCCGACUGCACAAGAUAUUGUUCAUUGUCGAAUUUCGACCAGUGGAAUCAAUGAGAUUGCAUUCAAUUACAAGAAAAUGGAUUUCAGGUAUAGACUUUUAAGUUCAUGGGUGAAACAUUCUUGAACAUUUUUUCAAAAGUAUAAUAUGAUUCAAGGUUUCAAUUAUUACCCGUUUUCAGAAUGGUCGAUGUUGGUGGUCAACGUACUGAAAGACGAAAAUGGAUUCAUUGUUUCGACAACGUCGACAUGGUUCUUUUCGUCGUAUCAAUCAGUGAUUAUGAUCAAUUAGAUCCAGAAGACUGCAGAAUGGUAAAACGUUUCUCUUUUAUAAAAAAUCACAAUUUUUCCAACACAUAUUUUCCAGAACCGUCUCCGUCAAAGUUACGAGAUCUUCAAAACAAUCGUCCAAUCUGAUUUAUUCCGUCACGCUUCCAUUGUUUUGUUUCUUAACAAAUACGAUAUCUUCCUUGACAAACUUCCAAAUUCUCCACUUCGCCGCAGUUUCAGCUCUUAUGAUGGUGAUAAUUCACCAAAUGAUUGUCGAGAUUAUAUUAAAAAGCAAUUUCGACGAUGCAUUAAUAAUCGUCACAAAUUUUUCAGCUUUGAAACAAAUGCCACAGACACAACUAAUUUGGACUUGGUAUGGAAAAUUUAAUUCAUGAGAAUAUGAGACACUUUUGAAGCUAUUUAGAAAAUAUUGUUAAAAUUCUAAUUUUCAUAACUAGGAUUUCUUAACACAUAAGUCUUUUUCUAAAAAAUAAAUUUUUUUCAGGUUUUUGGCUCCGCUGUUGCACACAUUGUCAGUGAGAAUUUGAGAUCGGCUGGUCUCCAAGAAUAA